AUGAAACCUUCUGUUGUGCAUUUGCAAGUUCAUUUACCAAACUAUCAGUAUAUCAAAUUUAACAAAUACGAGAAGUUGGUUAGCAUUGUUGAUGAAAAGAAUGGAGAACAAAAUUAUCGUUCUCGCACAAUGCUAACUCAAUUUUUCUAUAUGAACAGAGUAGAUCAACUUGCAAAACAAAUGAACUUAUUAUAUCUUGAGUUUCCAGAAUUCUUUGUUUGGUCAUUGAAUGAUAAGCGUUGGCAUCAAAGGAAACAAAGAGAGGUCAUUGGAAGACUUGUAUCAGUUAUGCCGUCAGAAAGUGAACGUUAUUAUUUAAGAUUAUUACUGAUGAAUGUCAGAGCUCCUACUUCAUUUUGUAAUUUGAAAAUAGUUAAAGGACAUACAGUUGAGACCUUUAGAGAAGCUGCUGAAAAAUUGGGAUUGCUAUCCAGUGAUUGUAGCAUAGAGAGUUGUAUUGAGGAAGCUAUUUUGUGUCAAAUGCCAACAAGUUUGAGACAAUUAUUUGCUACUCUACUAAUAUUUUGUGAUUUACCUGAUCCAGUAAGGCUUUGGAAUAAAUAUAAGGAAUUCUUUUGUCAAGAUUUUAUGAACUCAACUAAGUAUACUAAGUCUGAAGCUGAACUCAAAGCACUUCAACUUGUGAAGCACUUGAUAGAAAAAAAUGGUAGAAAAAUCACUGACUUUAAAUUAAUUGACCCUGAUGUUUAUCUUUCUAAUUCCCAAAGACAAUAUAAAGAAGUUGAGGUAGAAAGAAACCUGGGAGUCAAUGAAUAUGACUUGCAUUGUAUUGACAAACUAAAUGACAUGCAACGAUUGGCUUUUGAUAAAAUUAUGGGUGUUGUACAUUCAGAUUCUAGUGGAGUAUUUUUUCUUGAUGGCCCUGGUGGAACAAGAAAAACAUUUCUUUAUAGAUGUUUAUUGGCAAAGGUUCGGUCACAAGGGUUUAUUGCACUAGCUACAGCGAGUUCAGGUAUUGCCGCUUCAAUUCUACCUGGAGGUCGAACAGCUCAUUCUAGGUUUAAGAUUCCUAUUGAUAAUAGAUAUGUGUGUAAUAUUAGUAAACAAAGUGCAGAAGCUGAAUUACUGAGGUAUAGCAAGUUGAUAUUGUGGGAUGAAGCUUCCAUGGCCAAUCGUAAAUGUGUUGAGAACCUUGAGGUAACUCUUAGAGAUCUAAUGAAUUCAGAAGACACUUUUGGAGGAAAAGUUGUAGUUUUUGGAGGUGACUUUCGUCAAACGUUGCCAGUUAUUAGGGGUGGGAAAAGAGAAGACAUGAUUGAAGCAAGUUUGGUAAAAUCACUAUCAAUAUGGCCAACAAUCCAACAUUUAAGAUUGGAAGAAAACAUGCGUGCCAAAUUAGACCCAGGAUUUUCCGCUUAUUUGAUGCGCAUUGGAAAUGGGAUUGAGCCGACUCUGUUUGGUAACAAGAUUAAAAUUCCAAGUUCGUUUCUCCUCCAAUGUCAACAAAAAUCUUCAAUCGAUGUUUUGUUUAAAGCAGUCUACCCAGACAUGAACAACUUUAUCAAUGAUCCAUAUUCGUUGAUGACUAGAGCGCUUCUAACUUCAAAGAAUGAAUUUGUUGAUGAUAUAAAUUCGACAUUAAUAGAUAAAUUUCCUGGUGUAAGCAAGUGUUAUGUGAGUUAUGAUGAGCCCCUUGAUUCAACAAAAUAUCUACAUUGUGAAGACUAUUUACAUACUCUUUCACCAUCUGGCAUGCCUCCACAUACUCUAAUACUCAAGAAAAAAUGCCCAAUAAUAUUGUUGAGGAAUUUGAAUCCAUCUGAAGGAUUGUGCAAUGGUACAAGAUUGAUUUGUGAUGAGUUAAGAGAUUUUGUUAUCAGCUGUUACAUUGCAACAGGGGAACAUAAAGGCAAUCAUGUGUUUAUACUGCGGAUACCGUUACAGAUUUCAAAGGAUGAGAAUUGUCCAAUUCCUUUCAAGAGACAUCAGUUUCCUAUAAAACUUUGUUUUGCAAUGACAAUAAAUAAAGCCCAGGGUCAAACUUUGGAUUUUGUUGGAAUAUACUUAAAAGAACCAGUCUUUUCUCAUGGACAGUUGUAUGUCGCCAUGUCUCGAGCAAGAAACUCAGAUUCUAUUAAGCUAAUAAUACAUACAGAAGAGGAUGAAGAUCAGACCACUAAUAUAACAGAUAACAUUGUGUACCCUGAAAUUGUACAAUGCAUUAGCCCCAGUUUGAUAUAA